AUGCCAUUCGAAACGGACGAGGCCGACCGGAUGUUGGAUAACGAAGUAUUCAGAAGAUAUCGGGAACGAAGAAUGCAGGAGCUUUCUGCAAAAGUGAUCACAAUUUCCUCCGAAAAGGAGCUGAUAGAGAAAACAAAGACAAUGACAAUGAUAGUGCAUUUUCACAAAGCAGAGUUCAAGCGCUGUGCAAUCAUGGACAAGAUGCUUGAUGAGGUGCAAGGGAGUUUUCCUGAGAUAGCGUUUUACAGGGUAGAUGCGGACAUGUGUCCUGUUGUUGCCAAGAGGCUUGAGAUCCGUGUUCUUCCGUUUCUCGGAUUUUUCAAGGAAGGAUAUUUUGUUGACCAGGUGAUUGGAUUUGAAAAGCUUGGAGGAGAUGCAAUUGAUAUUGAGUGCUUUAAGAAGCGGAUUGCUGGGAGUAACAUUUUCAGGCCGGUUUCGAGUUUACAGUAA